GCAGUCUGCUGUCUGCGCCGACCCACGCUUGUCUUCCUCCCCAAUCUCCAAGCUCUCUCCAGUCCCCACCACAAUCCCCUCCCCAUGGCGACGGCCGCCGCCGCCGCCUCCAAGCCGGCGGCGAGGACGACGGUGAACGUGGCCGGGGCCGUGUUCCGCGUGCAGAUGGCCCUCCUCGACGGCGCGGCGGCCUCCGACGAGCCCCUCCUCCACGCGGCCGCGGGGGUCCUCUCCCGCGCCGACUACGACGACGUCGUCACCGAGCGCUCCAUCGCCGACGCGUGCGGCCACCCCGCGUGCGCCAGCCCCCUCCCCGACCCCGCCAACCCCAAGGCGGCCCCGCGGUUCCACAUCUCCCUCCGCGAGCACCGCGUCUACGACCUCGAGGAGGCCCGCAAGUUCUGCUCCGAGCGCUGCCUCGUCGCCUCCGCGGCCUUCGCCGCGUCGCUCCCGCCCGACCGCCCCUUCGGGAUCCCGCCCGACAGGCUCGACGCCCUGGUCGCGCUCUUCGAGGGGAGCGGGGACGGGCCGGGGCUGCUAGGGUUUCGGGCGGACGGCGGGAAGAAGGGGGACGAGGGGAGGAAGGUGGAGAUUGUGGAGAAGGAGACGCCUGGGCCUGGGGAGGUGACGCUGCAGGAGUGGAUUGGGCCGUCCGGCGCCAUCGAGGGCUAUGUGCCUCGCCAUCACCCCAUUCAUGAAGGGCCAAUGCCACAGGCUAAACAGGGCAAAGCUAGUAGAGCUGAGCUGUCCGGGAAUAAGAAUGUGGAUUCUGUGGCUGCUGUUCUUGGCGAACAUAGCAUGGCAGUUUCAUCUUCUUCAGUUGAAACACAAGUGGUCUCUGAAGAUAUAGCUAAAAAGUUUGAUGGCAUGGUCCUUCAUGAGAACACAAAAACGAAGGAAAAAGACGCCAAUAAAACCCUAUCAAAGAUUUUCCAACAGGAUGAAGAUACAGAUAUGUUAUUGCCUUGCAUAACUGAUUCCAUUGCAAAGCAACUAGAGCAUGUAGUUUUGGAAGAGAGAAAUGACAAGAAGAAAAAGAAAUCAACUAGAGCAUCAUCAAGGGCAUCCAAGAGUAAGCCUGCAAGAAAACCUGCUGGAAGUAAUGGCCAUGAAGUAGGCUUUACUAGUACAAUCAUUAUGGGGGAUCCUGCUUCGGUAAAGAUGGAUCAAGGGCCUUUGGGUCAAUAUGACUUCUCAAGUUCCAUCCUCACAGAUAAUCAGCCCUCAUCAUCUCAGUACACAGUAAGAGAUUCAAUGCAUGCUUACACUGAACAACUACACAAAGAAUUCAGUCAAGCAGGGGACCUUGAAAAAAAUGGGACAAGUGACGAGAAGGUUACCACUGCACUAAAAUCUUCACUGAAGGCUGUAGGGUCUAAGAACAGAAGUCAGUCUGUGACAUGGGCAGAUGAUAAUGGGAGCAUCUUAGAAGCAAGCAAAGCAUAUGACAUCGAUUCAGAUGCUAAAAAUCUAUCUAUGGAGGACAUUGACAGUUCACUAAGGCGUGAAUCCGCAGAGGCUUGUGCAGCUGCCCUUAUUGAAGCUGCAGGAGCUAUUUCUUCAGGCACAUCAGAAGUGGAAGAUGCAGUUUCUAAGGCAGGGAUCAUCAUAUUGCCUGACAUGCUUCACCAGAAACAGUUUGAGAAUGUCCAUGGCAAAGAUACAGUGGAAAAGGUAGUAUCUGAAACAGAUAGUGAUGUUGUGAAGUGGCCAACAAAGACUGUGCUUCUGGACACUGACAUGUUUGAAGUUGAUGAUUCUUGGCAUGACACACCGCCAGAAGGUUUCAGUUUAACACUGUCUGCUUUUGCAACAAUGUGGACCACAAUAUUUGGAUGGAUAUCCCGGUCAUCUUUGGCCUAUGUAUACAUGCUUGAUGACAGUUCUGUGGAAGAAAUGUUGAUUUCUAAUGGGAGAGAGUAUCCUGAGAAGCGAGUUUCGAAAGAUAGCCAAUCAUCUGAAAUUAAAAGAGCCUUAGCUUCUUGCAUUUCUAAUGCACUGCCGGUACUUGUAUCAAACAUGAGGAUGCAAAUCCCAGUUUCAAAGUUGGAGACUACUCUGGGAUACUUGAUUGACACAAUGUCACUUGUUGACGCACUGCCUGCUCUGAGAUCGAGGCAAUGGCAACUGCUGGUUCUUAUGCUGCUGGACGCACUCUCUGUGCACCGGCUUCCAGCUCUUGCUCCGGUGAUCUCGGACUCAAAACUUGUGCAGAAGAUCUUAAACUCGGCUCAGGUUAGCAGAGAGGAGUACGACUCCAUGGUCGACCUCAUCCUCCCUUUUGGAAGAUCCGCCUAGACGGCCAUGUCAAGUUAACCCGUGAAGUCCAUCAUGGUAUCAGGCGGGACGGUAACAAUCCUCUACAGUGCGCAGGAUUCGGAUAUACAUGCCCACUCAGCCGAGUAGAUAGAAGAUUAUAAGUCUCGUCCCAUAUCAGCAUCAGCAGCAUGACAUACGACUCAAAUACCUCUACAGUGACAGCCCCCCGUUGGCUUGUUAUCUACUCGAAUAUCACAAAUCUUGCCGCUUUUACCA